CAUCAAUAAUUGAAUUGCCCUGCCUCACCUUACAGUCCAAGCUUUAUGAAUUAAAUUUCUUGGCAAGGAAGAAAAGCGAGUUAUAUGGUAGGAGCACCACUCACUCGGUCUUUAUAUAUACAUAUCCUUAUCUAACAUUCUUAGUGCCUCGAGAAGGGAAGAUGCAAUGGGACGAACGCCUUGCUGUGCCAAAGUGGGUCUGAACAGAGGUCCAUGGAUGCCUGACGAAGAUAUUCGUCUAUCAAAUUAUGUUGAAACCCAUGGCGAGGGCGGCUGGAGAACCCUCCCUAAGAAAGCAGGCCUGCUCCGUUGUGGGAAGAGUUGCAGGUUGAGGUGGAUGAAUUAUCUUCGACCUGAUGUUAAAAGAGGGAAGAUUCUGCCUGACGAAGAAGAUUUAAUACUUCGAUUGCACCUUCUCCUGGGAAACAGGUGGUCUUUGAUAGCAGGUCGAAUGCCGGGCAGAACUGAUAACGAGGUGAAGAACUAUUGGAACACCCAUCUCAGCAAAAAGCUUAUCACCCAGGGCAUAGAUCCCAGGACUCACAAACCGCUCUCUGUAAAGGACAAUCUCUGUGAUGGCACCUCGGAUGAGAAUGAUAACCCAGAUUCCCCAGUUCAGAGCACAAGUCCUGUGAAUGAAAAUACCAGUGUUCCUGCAACUGCAAUUGCAACUGAGAAAGAAGGCAAAUCACCUGUUCAUACUGUUAAUGAUAUCAACUCUGAAGCUUCAUGUGUUCCUCUAUCUCCUGCCCUUGAUUUCUCCAUUGAUAACCAAUAUCCUCUUCUUCCCACCCUUGUGAAUUCAGGAGAUCUGGGCACACCCUUUGAACAGAAUGAAGAAAAUAUAGGAAGCAACCCUGCAACCCUUGCUCCCUUCCUUAACUGUACUUCUGGGACUGCCCAUCAUCAAAGGACAGAGGAUUUCAAUUUGGAUGUAAGAAGACAGUGGAGCUCAAGUCAGGCUUCUGUACCUGAGGUUUUAUCAUUUCAGGGAUGUGGAAUAGUACCCACAUCCUUCAAUAAAUUGAGCAAUGCAAAUUGUACCCAUACAGCUUUCAAUUUUUCUUAUCCCAGUACUGCAAGUUGUAUGGGCUCAGGUUUUGGUGAUUGCAAUUCAAAUAUGUUUUCUUCUAUCAUGGAAUCUUAUGCUAAUGAGGAAUGGGCGCAUGUUACUUGUGCACAGAACCCAGCCAAUCUUAGCUAUGACUUGUCAUCUCUGCUUUCUCCUCCAUCUGCUCAAUUUCAUCCCUCUAAAUGACCCAGAAGAGGAAGAUGUUUUCUGUAAUAAAAAAGAUGCGUAUGAGGAAGAUGUUUUCUGUAAUAAAAAAGAAAAAAUCUAUAAAAUGUUUGUAUCAAUGUUUUGUA